AUGACCACGGCCAGCGGCGGUCGAAACAAUGCCCGCAUAGAGGAUGCAGCUCAAUUUCCGCUCGAGCUUCAGACCUGGUUCCUCGAGAUGCCCAAGGAGGAGCAGCCGAGAUACCUUUAUAAGUGGUACAUUCAGGAGAAGGAACUGACUGACGUGAAGAAGCAAAACGAGACACUUGGAAAAGUCCUCUUCAGUAAGGACAGGGAACUCGAGCACACCAUGCACAUUCUGGAUAGCAAGAAAGCCUAUGACCGAGAAAUCAGGAAAGCUGAAUAUCAGGAGUUUGUAGGGAUCAUCGGUCACUUGGAAGAAUCGCUCGCGUUCAUCCAUACUUCCUCAGAAGGUGGGCCUAUCGAAGGGCGGCUCCAGACCCUUAUCAACGGCCUCAUGAAGAAUGAAGCCGACACAAGAAAGAAGGAUGCCGAGAUCAAAAAUCUCCAAGCGGAGGUGGAUCGGUAUAAACAUGGCGGUGGGACUCAACACUCGUCGCUGCUACUGUCAUCAAGCUUGGAUGGAGGUGACAACAAAAACAUCGUCAAGCUUCAAGCCGAACUCGAGAUCACCAAGAACGACCUUUCUGAAAUGGAGAAGGCGCUGCAAGUCCGCGAUCAAGAGAUUGUUCAGCUCACAGAGGAACGCGACAGCGCCAGGACGAACAUGGAAGAGGCACAGUCGAAGGCGGAGGGUCUGGAUAGGGAUGUGACGCGCGCGCACAAGGCAAAGAUUUCAGCACAGGACUCCAAGUACAAAUUGGAGGCGGACAUCAAGGACCUCGAAACGAAGCUGAAGAAGAGAGAAUCCGAGAUCAAGGACAUGGAAGUUCGCCUCGCUAGUCGCGACAACGAUUACAAGCUCGACGGUAAGGAAUUGACUCGCCUCAGGAAAGAGCUCGAGUCCCAGAAGAAGUUGUACGAGAGAACCAAAACCCUCUCGACGCUGGACGAUGUCAAGAAGAUCAAAGCUCUGAACCAGAAACUGGAGGCGGCGACAGCACGUAUCGAACCUUUGGAGAAGGCUGUCAAGGAGAAGGAGGCACUGCUGGAGGCCAACAAGUGUAAGGUUCAGAAAGUCGAUGACGAGAAGAACGAGGUGUUGCAACGUCUCGGACACUUGCAGGAGGAACUCGGAAAAAAGGACUUGGAGCUGUCAGGUAUGCGCUUGAAGGUCGGAGGGCUCGAGUCUGCAGCCAGGCUGGUCGAGAAGGAACGGGAUGCCGAGUCUCGAAAGACGAAGCAGGAACUGGAGAUGGUGCAGCACGAGCUGGCAAUCGCUCGCAAAAGGAUCUCGGAGCGUGAGAAGGAUAUCGAGUUUUGGAGGGCGAGCAUUUCCAACCAGGAGAAGAAGGCGGAGGAGCAGGCGGCGCAGAUCCAGAACGACACCAAAACGAUCAAGGAAAUCAACGCCCAAAUGGAUACCAUGAGGACGAGUCAGGCGAAAGUGCAGGGAGAGGUGGUGACCUUGCAAAGCAGCCUCCAGUCUUACGAAACCAGCAUUCAGGAUCAGGAACGGACGAUCAAGCUGCAGAAGAAUGAGCUAGAUGACUUGAGGAGGAAGGUCAGCGAAUCCGAGGCUAAAGCCGUAGAUCUGGCGCAGUUGCAACAGGCGAUGGACACUCUGCGCGUCAAGUUUGAGACAUUGACUGUGGAUCUGGCAGAGACUCAAGACCACGUCGUUCACCAAGCUGAAUCUUCCGAUGCAUAUCCCGACCCGAUGGAUGUGGCCUGCGAGAAGGCCCAGUCUCCUUCCCGAAACAGCGUCAACAGCGGCAACGUCUGGGGCGAGCUUGUUCGAGUGGCGAAGGAGUUGGUGGCUGUUACGGCUACAAUCCAAGAAGUCCGGUCGAGUGUUCUGCGAGGCUCCGACAACAAGCCUGGUGAACAGGACGGAGCCAAGGUCAUAGAGUUGGAGAGCAAGUUGCAGGAGCAGGCAGCGACAUACCAGCGUGUCAAGAAAGAGCUGGAGGUGUUGCAGGACGAGACUCACAGGGAGACGGAGAGAUUAGAGAGUCUUAUUUCCUAUCAGGACGAGCAAUUGCAAGAACUCGCCGAGAUCAAGUCGAUGUUUGGCCCAGGAGACGAAGGAAUGGAGCGGCAAGUAGAAUAUAUUCGCGCCUGUGCAAGAAUUGAGGCCGUGGAAAAAUUGGUCGUCGAGUGGGAGGCAGCCAUUGAAACAGCCAACAAGAACCACGACUAUAUGUUGAAGAUUUGUGAGGAACAAGCGCAACAUAUCUUGCAACUCCAGAGCAAGAAAACGGAUGGCGAGGAGAAGAUUGCACGAGUCGAGCGAGAUCUGGAGCGGUGCAGAAGCGACUUGGAGAGUACAAUGGCCGAUCUGGUGAAAUGUAAAGGAGACGCGAAGGAGCAGGAGAGCAAGGCGAACGAGCUGGAUAUGGAGCUGCAGAGUUGCAAGCAUAGGAUCAACCAGCUGGAGCAGGAGUUUGCAGACCAAGCUCAACAACUAGACGGACGGACACGAGCUCACAACGCCCUAGAAACCGCGAGGAAGACGUACGAUAAGGUCUACGAGUCGAAGAUCAAGCGACUGCAAGAGGACAAGGCCACCCUGGAGGUCAUUUUCAACACCGAGUUGCUCAAGCGAGACGAUGCUCACCACCGGGAACUUGUCGAGGCCAAAGGAGAUCGGGAAGUGGGACUUGGGCUGUCGCAAGCUGAAGUCAUUGCCAUCAAGGCCGAGUGCGAAGGACUCAAGGCCAAGUUGGAGAUGGAGGAAGAGGAAAAGUUUAAGAUGAACGGGAUGAUCGUAUCAUAUGCAGAGCUCGUCAAGAUCCUGCAAGAUGAUGGCAAAAUCACUGAGGAGACGCUAGCACUCGUGGAAGUCCUCGGCCAGGUGCAGGAGUAUCUGAGUACGAUCGAAAGUCUUAGAAGCGACAUCAAUGUUCUCACGGAGAACAACGAGGGACUCAAUCAGUUGGUUACAGAGUACCAGGAGGACACGACCACCCUCACCAACCGCACGGAAUCGUAUCUUGGCCACAUCAAGGCCCUGGAAGGCCAGCUGUUCAAGCUGCGGCAGGAUCAGGCCCAGAACGAGACCACGGUGCGUUUCUUGCACUCUCGGACACAGCAGCUAGAACGCGACCUCAAGGAGCAGAUGGAGAAGACACAGAGGCCUGGUGGGAUGACUGUGAGUUCGACCUGA